GUUUCUCAUGUUAGGAGUGCCUUUGUGCAUCAACCUUGAAACCCCUUACCUGAAAGUGAGCCAGCCAUGCGAUAUAACCUCUGCCUCAUUCUGGGCGUGGCCCAGCUUUGCAGGUGCUACGAUGGUGAUUAUCUAAUCCCUCUCUUUCGUCCUGCCCUAUCUCCAGAGUCUGGGGUAUUUCUCUCUGCCGACGAGGCGUACAAUACAGAGGUUACCCCUCGUUGGUCGACAUUCAAAGACCCAUCCUAUAUUGCAGCUAUCAAGCCAGCAUCUGAGGAAGAUGUGCAAUCAAUUGUUUCUAUUGCAGGUUCCCACAACAUAUCGUUUCUUGCAACAGGAGGCGGACAUGGAGUCAAGUUGGGGUUCGACAAGGUCCAACACGCUAUAAACAUCGACCUGUCCAAUCUCAACUCUAUUGACUUAAAUCUUGACAACAAUACGGUCACUGUUGGAGCUGGAGUGGAGAAUUCCCAACUUUAUGAUGUUCUCUCCUCUGUCGGUCAAGAGACAGCUUUGACGAGUGAGCGCUGCCUUAAUACCAUUGGGCCAACACUAGGUGGAGGCCUGGGGCCACAAUAUGGGCUCCGCGGUCCGCUUAUAGACUCCCUUGUUUCCGCUCACUUGGUAACUGCGUCGGGAGAUAUUGUGGACGUGUCCGAGAGCGAAAACAGCGAUCUUUUCUGGGCCAUUCGUGGUGCCGGGGCGAACUUUGGCAUAGUCACCUCGGCCACCUACCGAAUCUACCCACCCAUCAACAAUGGCGAGGCUGUGUUGGCCAGGUUUUCCUUCUCCCCAGUCGCUAACCGGUCGGUAUUUGAGCUAAUGGAAUACAUGAAUGAGGAUUACCCUCCAGAGAUGGCGGGCGGAAUUGCGGUCGGUUACAAUCACACCUCUGGGCAGCCAACGCUUGCAUGGCAACUCUUGUUUUCAGGGCCAUUGGAAACUGCUCAGCCUUGGCUCGACAAACUAACGAGCUUGGGGCCGAUCGAUGCAGACCUCCAGACCGUGCAUUGGCAUGGUAGAGACCAGCCUGAGUCACCCUUUUGUACAAGAAAACAGCAGUGGGUCAUCUACAACUUGAACCUGGCGCGGACAGAUUCGGCCACCCUGGGUUCGUAUUUUGAACAAGCAGCGGACUUCGCUGCCAGCAACCCAUGGUUUGACUGCACAUUGAUGUUUGAGAGGCUACCCAGGGACGCCGCAUUGGCGGUGCCCGAAAGGCAGAGGGGGGUCUGGCCCUGGCGAGACAGCAAGUUGAACGUGAAUUUUGUGGUCAAGACACCGUCUUCAGCAUACGAUGGGGCGGUCGACGGCUUCCUUCGGCCAGUCAGAGAGGAGUUCCAGGAAUCAAUGGGCUAUGAUACGGUUCAUGCAUAUGUCAAUGAGGCAUUAGGUGAUGAGGGCCCUGCCGCAUGGUACGGUGAGCAUAACCUUGCCAGGCUUAGUGAGCUGAAGCGGCGAUGGGACCCAAAUUCCCAAUUUGGAGCUGGGGCUCCAAUUCCCCUUCAUCUGUAGUUGUGACUUGAACGAUGCUGAUCGGAGUCAUUUACUGGCCUGAUACGGGGGUUUCCGAGCGUUCAGUAUGGUCUUAUCUGAAAACGCGCUUUGCUAGAGUAGUUGGACUGUUCCGGUUAUAGCCUGCAGAACCUGUAUUAGUAGCAUAUCCAUACACUAGAUACGAUCACAAUGAGAUACGCUAGCAAUUCGGGC